AUGCAUCGCUUUGGUCUCGCCGUCGGGCUAAGUCUCCUGUGGAAAACAGCGUAUGCUGCUUUUGGGAUCGUCGAGACGAAUUCGUCGUACACAGUCGAUACUGAUGGUGGUCUCGUCUUUGAAGUGGAUCGAUCAAAUGGCGACAUCAUCAGCCUUCUUUACAAUGGUGUCCAGUACCAGGAACCGACAAAAAUGUCGCAGAUCAACUCCGGCUUAGGGACUUCCACUGUCGCAGCCGAAACCCUGAACGGAAUUAUCAAAAUCACCGUGAAGGCCGGAUCACAGCCUCUCACGCAUUACUACGUGGCAAAGCCAGAUGAUCCGACCGUCUAUAUGGCGACCCACAUCACGGGCGAGAUUGAUCCCGGCGAGCUUCGAUGGCUUGCACGGCUCCAGCGCUCGCGCGUACCGACUGGAGUGCACGGAGAUGUUGCGGACCUCGAUGGUUGCGUGGCAUUCGAGGGUAAAGAUACGUUCAAGUGCCCGGAUGGCACGACGAGAUGCAAGAUGUACACGUCUGAUCGGUUCAUUGAGGAUAAGGUCCAUGGCGUGACGGGUAACGGCGUGGGCGUCUGGAUGAUUAUGCCCGGCAAUGCAUACGAACACUCUGCCGGAGGUCCCUUUAUGAGAGAUGUUAACUCUCAAAGCACGGUCGAACAGGAGCUGUACUGGUAUAUGAACAGCGGGCAUGUCAGAACGGAGCCCUGGAGGUUCGGCCUCUUAGGCCCAUACGCUAUGCGAUUCACGAACGGCCAACAGCCAUCAAGCGACCUUGACACGACCUUCUUCGACUCUCUGGAUAUAGAGGGAUAUGUACCGAAUAACGGACGAGGGAGUGUUUCUGGCACUGCAAGUGGCAUCCCAAGCAACUUCGAGACAGUUGUCCAUUGGUUCAACAAGGAUGCCCAGUACUGGACCAAGGCGUCUGCUGGCAAGUUCGAAUCUCCGCUCAUGAAGCCCGGGACAUACACGAUGAAGAUAUAUCGAGACGAAUUUCCCGUUGGCAACGACACCGUCACCGUCACUGCGGGCUGCAAAGUCACUCAGGACAUCCAGUCAACAGAACCAAGCCCGCCAGUUCUCUGGCGAAUCGGUGAGUUUGACGGACAGCCGUUUGAACUCAAAAACGGUGACAAGAUUACUCGGAUGCACCCGUCGGAUGUUCGUAUGGCGAGUUGGGGAGGCGCGUUUACGGUGGGCAAGUCACAAGCGAAUGACUUUCCGAUGGCGUUAUUCUCCAAGAUUGGAGGCAACGCGAGCGUCACCUUUGAUCUUGCGGCCAACCAGUUGGAGGGGGUAACUUUACGCGUGGGCACCACGCUAUCCUUCAAAGGUGGACGGCCCAAGGUGCAAAUCAACAACUGGCAGGCGUCUGACCCCGGUGCUCCGACUCGGAUCGACUCUCGCGGUGUAACUCGAGGCGCCUACCGUGGGUUCGGCGAAGUGUACGAGUGGGGCGUACCGGCAUCUGAGUUGAAAAAUGGCACCAAUACUCUUACUCUAGGGGUGUUCGGUUCUGGCGACCAGGACUUCUUGAGCGCGAAUUAUAUCAUUGACGCCGUUGAGCUGCAGGCUGCAGGGCCGAGCGGGAGCCGGUAG